AUGCCUUUGCCGGAAUCUGUAGGCGAUUUGGUCGUCUUACAUUUUGAAACGAACUUGGAUGACCAUGGAAUAAGUAUCGGUCGGGCACCCUGUGAGAUUCAUGAAAUUUGCUGGGUCAUUUUGAAUGGUAAGACACUGGAAAAACAGCAUUGCGAGUCCUGUAGUAUUCGGGAAGAGCCUUCAAAAGAUGGAAUUUGCGGAAGUGUGUCUUCCUUGCAAGAAGCGAUUCAAUAUGUGGACAAUUCCAUUCAGGAACGCCUCAACAUGCAGGAAAAGCCUUUCACGUUUGUGGUGAUGAAUGGACGGGAAUUACGGGUUCUUUUGCCCAAGGAGGCAAAAGAACACGGGAUUAUUCUGCCUUCGUAUAUGCGUCACCCUCGUUUGUUCGAUCUUUCUAGCGAAUAUGCUAAAUGGCAGAUCCGGUCAGGCUCCGUUCCACCCUACACUAUAACUUUGUCGCAUAUUUUUGGAAAGCUAGAUGUUGAUUCCUUGCCUCCCAUUAAUGAAUGUAAUACUAUUCAGCGUUCUCCCACAGAAGUCCCCUAUAUCACAAAGGGCUUAACACAAUGUUGGCGCCUUGCCAAUGCUACUACCCUUCUUCUGCGGAGAAUUGAGCGCGAAUCCAGAAUACCCUCGUUCCCCAACGUCCUUACUCAACCAAUUGAUUGCCAAGCAGAUGCGAGGCUGUUUUAUUUGGAGCGCUCCAAGGUCAUCCACAUCGGUGGCCUAACUAACGACGUUACUCAAUCAGAGUUAGAAGGUUGGUUCACUAAUCAUGGGAUUCAUCCCAUUGCCCUCUGGACUCUUAAAACUCCAGAGCCUUACAAAUCAACAGGUACCGGAUUCGUCCUCUUUGGCAGUCAUGAAGACGCAUCAGAUGCUCUUGGUCUCAAUGGGUCAUGCAUUGGUGAUCGUAUGCUCGCAAUCACUCCCAGCUGCGCAAAAGUUUUGGACAAGGCAUCGGAGAUUUUAAUUCCUUUCCCUUCCAGCAAAAAUCGCCCUCGUCCCGGCGACUGGAAUUGUCCAAUGUGUGGUUUCAGCAACUUUCAACGUAGAGUCUCCUGCUUCCGUUGCUCCUUCCCUGGUCCUGGUCAUGGUCCUGGUCAUGCUUCGGCGACGGCCUCUAAUUCCUCAUUUCCUCCCGAAUUCCCUUAUGGCCAAUCGUAUGGUAACGGUACCUCGCACGUUCCUCACAACUACGGAUAUGGUAUGCAUCAUGGUAAUGACGGUAGUAGCCAAAUUGACCAACAUCACAACGGAUCAGGCAUGGCAAAUCAUCACUCCUCUCGUUCUACCUUUGGUGGUAAUGUUCCCUUUAGGGCUGGUGACUGGAAAUGUGGUUCAGAGGGUUGUGGAUAUCAUAAUUUUGCUAAAAACGUUUGUUGCUUGCGCUGUGGUGCUAGUCGCGCCACGGCCGCUGUCGUCGCGGAUCACACCUCGAUGUCUUCGAACGCCAAUGGCAAUGCCAGUACCAACGGUAGUUUCGCCAACGCUUCCUCCAAUAUCUUUGGUACUAGUCCUAUGAACGCAUCUGCAUAUCCAUAUUCUCAGCUGUCUCUUGGUUCUAUAGCUGCUAAUAAUAACCCAUACCCCAAUGCUAAUGGUGUUCGUCCUGAGGAACAAAACCGCUUUAAGGAUGCCCCUAAAGCUUCUUUUGCUACCGAUCAAGGGGAUUGGCUUUGUGAAUGUGGAUUCACUAAUUUUCGUCGUCGAAGUAAUUGUUUACGUUGUAAUGCUCCUCACCAUCCUAACUUACAGGUCCCUUCCUCUUUUCCUGCAGAUUUCGGGACAUAUGUUUAA